AUGUCAGAUCAUCGACUGCCCUCAUCUUCGACCGCACCCAGUUCUAAGCCCUUCUCUAUCUCGUUUGCUUCCAAAACAUCUACCGCCCCGCCACCGGCCCCGUCCAUCUCACUUCCCCGACGCUCCAACGCCCCCACACCCAAAUCUAGCACGCCCCGUCCUGGUUUCCACGAUCAUGAUUCAGACGCGUCAGAUGCGGAGCCUGGGGAGCCCACUCACGAAGAAGUCACCGGCUUUGACCAGUCUACCGGCGGCGCGAUAAGUAAGCAUGCGCGCGAAAGCAAGGAAAAGGAACCGCUGGUGAUCAAGGUUGAUAAGAGGAAUGGGUGGCGGGAGAGAUUACUGGGUUCCACAAGAGCGAAGAAGAGUUGGCUUCCCGAGGAGGUGAGGAUGCAGAGGGAGGCGGAGAGGGAGGCUAAACCACAGGAAGUGACGGUUGAGGCAGCAGGGCCAAGUACGAAGUUUGGCCUGAGUUAUGCUUCAGCCCCGGAUGAAAAGGCUACAGGUGCGGCCACGGAGAUACAGGAGGAUACCGCUAUGGAAAUUGAUACCGAAGCGCCUGUUGAAAAGAAGGCUUUGUCACACGAUGAGUUGGCUUUACGAGCUUUGAUUUCCGAAAGUAAAGGCGAGACUGAACAGAAAUCAGACCUAGUUAUUCAGUCUCGAGGUGGAUCCUAUAACGCUCGUUCCGAAUACGACGAGACAAGGUCCUUCCGCGACGAUGUGGCUCAUCGUCCAGAUUCCGCAACCUUGGCAGGCUACGCCGCCGUGCCCGUCGAACAAUUCGGUGCCGCUUUACUCCGUGGAAUGGGUUGGAAGGAAGGACAGCCCGUUGGACGAGGAAAGUAUAGUGAUUCCACGUCUCAACGAAAAAAUACAAGUCUCGCGCCGCGUAUUCCUGAGCGCAGACCGGGAUACCUUGGCAUCGGCGCCAAAGAUCUAUCGGGCAAAGCUGGGGCUGCGGAACUUGAGCUCGGUGCCUGGGGGAAAGCAGCUAUGCGCAACGGCAAGCCCGGCGAAGGCCUGUAUACUCCCGUGUUGAUGAAGAGUAAGAAGACUGGAAAAAUGAUUACAGAGGAGGAAUUUAAGAAAAUCACUAAAGAACAAGAAAGAGAGAAGCAGAGGAGGGAGAAAGAAGACGAAUGGAAGGAAAGGCGGGACAGAAAUUUGACCAAAAAUGGAAGACGGUACGACGCCAGCGACGAUGACAGGGAUUCAAGAGAAUCUUCAUCCAGGAGAAAUGGUCGUGAUCGAUCACGCUCGUCAGACAGAGAUAGGGCAAGAGAUCGAGACAGCAGGCGGAGGAGAAGGUAUGAUGAUGACUAUGAUGAUCGAGACAGAGACAGUUAUGAUAGCGAGAAAAGGAGGAAAGAUGACCGGCGCUAUAGAGAUCGAGACUCACCGCGUGACCGGGUUGAAGAUAGCAAAAGGGACAGAGACCGAGAAAGAGACAAAGAUCGCGAUAAGGAUAGGGAUAAGGAUCGGGAUAGGGAUAAAUACAGCGACAGAGAAAGAGAUAGGGGUAGGGGUCGGUACAGGGAGAGGGAGCGGGAGAAGGGCCGGGAAAAAGAGCGACGAAGAGAUUACCGGUAAUCCGUCAUCAAAAGUAACGGGUUCGCAUUGUGUGCAUUGGCCAAGUUUAAAUGUUGUUUGAUGUGCUUUUCACCGUUGAAUAGACCGUAUGGAACCCUCGUCGCAGAAUUGGAUAUAGUU